AUGGCAAUCGCCUUGAGCAGCCGCCCCGUCCCCGUCCCUCAGGCCCUGCAGCGUCAGUGGCACAGUCGUCAUUACUGGGCACAUGGCGUUUCUUUACGGAAACCCUGUAAGCGCUUCCCUCUGCUCCGCCUAGAAAAUGUGCCAGAGGAGCUCCGAGAGCCGUUCUACACGGACCAGUACGACCAGGAGCACAUCAAGCCGCCCGUCGUGCACCUGCUGCUGUCGGCCGAGCUGUACUGCCGGGCGGGCAGCCUCAUCCUCAAGAGCGACGCCGCCAAGCCCCUGGUGGGCCACGACGCCGUGGUGCAGGCCUUGGCGCAGAAGGGGCUCUACGUCACCGACCAGGAGCGGCUGGUGACCGAGCGGGACCUGCAGAGGAAGCCCAUCCAGAUGAGCGCCCACCUGGCGAUGAUAGACACCCUGAUGAUGGCCUACACGGCGGAGAUGGUCAGCGUGGAGAAGGUCAUCGCGUGCGCCCAGCGGUACUCCACCUUCUUCCAGGCCACCGACCUGCCCUACGACAUCGAGGACGCCGUCAUGUACUGGAUAAAUAAGGUAAACGAACAUCUGAAGGACAUUCUGGAGCAAGAACAGAAACUGAAGGAGCAUCACACAGUGGAGGCCCCAGGAGGUCAAAAGUCUCCCUCCAAGUGGUUUUGGAAACUGGUGCCCGCGCGUUACCGGAAGGAGCAGACGCUGCUGCGGCAGCUGCCGUGCAUCCCGCUGGUGGAGAACCUGCUGAAGGACGGGACGGACGGCUGCGCGCUGGCCGCCCUCAUCCACUUCUACUGCCCCGGCGUCGUCAGGCUGGAGGAUAUUUGUUUGAAAGAAACCAUGUCUUUGGCUGACAGCCUGUACAACCUGCAGCUGGUCCAGGAGUUCUGCCAGGAGCACCUGACCCAGUGCUGCCACUUCUCGCUGGAGGACAUGCUGUACGCCGCCGCCUCCAUCAAGAGCAACUACCUGGUGUUCAUGGCCGAGCUCUUCUGGUGGUUCGAGGUGGUGAAGCCGUCCUUCGUCCAGCCGCGCGUCCUUCGGGCACAGGGAGCUGAGCCUGCAGUGCGGGCCCCGGACGCCCGCGCAAGCACCUUGGACAGCUCCCAGGGCCCCGCGAGUUUUUUAUUUGAAGGGGGAAUCAGAAGGUCUUCAUCUAUGUCUUACGUUGAUGGCUUCAUAGGGACAUGGCCCAAGGAGAAAAGAUCAUCGGUGCAUGGAGUGUCAUUCGAUAUUUCUUUUGAUAAAGAAAACACGGUGCCGAGAGGCGCCCCGAACCGAGGCCUCCCUCGCUCUGUCAGCAACGAAGGCCUUUCUCUGAACAACAACCGAGCGUCUAAAACCACAAGGAAGAGCCUGUCCUUCAAGCCCGUCAACGGGGAGGGGGAGGCAGGAAGCAUCGAGGAGGAGCUGAGCACAGACCCUCGCGGAGGCUUCCCGACCUACGUGCCCCACCCCCCGCACAAGCUCAGCUCCAGCGAGAACACCCGCUACCAGCUCCCCAACGGCGCCCUGCAGCCCGGGCUCCUCCUGGACGAGCUGGGCAACCAGGUGGAGACGCCGAGCAUCGAGGAGGCGCUGCAGAUCAUCCACGACACAGAGCAGCGCCCCCUCGCGCCCCCGCCCGGCCACGUGGCCAACGGCUUCUUCCUGCACAGCCAGGACCUGAGCCCCCUGAACGCCAACCUGCAGCUGCGCCCGCCCAGCCCUGACCGCCUGACCGACACCAAAGGUGCCUUGAGCCCCGUGACCGACGACACCGAGGUGGACACCGGCAUCCACGUGCCGUCGGAGGACCUGCCGGGCACGGUGGACGAGGACUCGUCGCUGCGGGACUACACCGUCAGCCUGGACUCCGACAUGGACGACGCGCCCAAGUUCCUGCAGGACUACGACCUGCGCCCCGGCAGCGCGCGCGAGGCCCCGAGCCCCUGCCCCAGCACCGUGAGCACCCGCUCCCAGCCCGGCAGCAGCGCCUCCUCCAGCUCCGGCGUCAAGAUGACCAGCUUUGCCGAGCAGAAGUUCCGGAAGCUGAACCACACGGACGGCAAGAGCAGUGGGAGCAGCUCUCAGAAGACCACGCCCGAGGGCUCGGAGCUGAACAUCCCGCACGUGGUGGCCUGGGCACAGAGCCCGGAGGACGCGGGCCCGCCCGGCCGGGACAGCACGCAGCUGCUGGCCUCGGAGGUGCUGCAGCUGCACAUGCGGCUGGAGGAGAAGCGGCGCGCCAUCGAGGCCCAGAAGAAGAAGGUGGAGGCCGCCUUCACCCGGCAGCGGCAGAAGAUGGGCAGGACGGCCUUCCUCACGGUGGUGAAGAAGAGGGGGGACGGGGGCGCCCCGCUGCGGGAGGAAGCGGCCGGGGCGGAGGACGAGAAGGAGUUCAGCGAGCGGGCGCCGGAGCGGGAGCUGCCCAGGGCCAGCGGGCAGCGGAGCAAGUCUCUGGCGGACAUCAAGGAGGGCCUGGAGGGUGCCCCCGCCCCGUGGCCCACGUCGCCCACGGACCCUGAGCGGCCCUGGGGGGCGGCGAGCCCCUCCGAGGAGCCGGCGCCCGAGGGCGAGGUGCUGGAGUACACGCGGUCCAUCGAGAAGCUGAACGCCUCGCUGCACUUCCUGCAGCAGGAGAUGCAGCGCCUGUCGCAGCAGCAGGAGGCGCUGAUGCGGAUGCGCGACCGCCAGUCCUGGGUGAUCUCCCCGCCCCAGCCCGCUCCCCACAGGCCAGCCCGCGACCCCCGGCCCGCCCGGCCCGGCCCGUCCCCCGAGCCCCCGCGGCCCACCCACCCGUCCCCGCAGCCCAUCCACAGGAAGAGCGCGUCCUUCUCCAUCAAGACCCCGCGGACCCCGCGGCCCAACGAGCUGAAGAUCGCGCCCCUGAACCGCACGCUGACGCCGCCCCGCUCGGUGGACAGCCUCCCGCGGCUGCGGCGGUUCUCCCCCAGCCAGGUGCCCAUCCAGACGCGCUCCUUCGUGUGCUUCGGGGACGACGGGGAGCCGCAGCUGCGGGAGCCCAAGCCCGGGAAGGACGGCGCGGACCCCCCGGAGGCCUCGGAGCAGCCCGCGCGGCCCCCGGGGGAGGCAGGGAAGCCCGUGGAGUCCAGCGUGUCCGAGGUGCUGGCCCAGCCCGUGACGGAGACCGUGUGCCUGACCCCCAGCGCGGACCCGCCCGGCUGGCCCGCGGAGGCUGCUCCCCGGCCGGCCUUCCCGCCCGCGGCCCCCAAAAACGUCAGCCUCAUCGAGGUGUCCCUCUCGGACUUGAAGCCCCCAGAGAAGGCCGACGUGUCUGUGGAGAAAGAGGACGGAGAAAGUGACAGAGAGCAGCUCGAUGACGAGCAGAAAGUGUGCUGCGGGUUCUUCUUCAAGGACGACCAGAAGGCCGAGGACGACAUGGCGCUGAAGCGGGCGGCGCUGCUGGAGAAGCGGCUGCGGCGGGAGAAGGAGACGCAGCUCCGCAAGCAGCAGCUGGAGGCCGAGAUGGAGCACAAGAAGGAGGAGACCAGGCGGAAGACGGAGGAGGAGCGGCAGAAGAAGGAGGACGAGAGGGCGCGCAGGGAGUUCAUCCGGCAGGAGUACCUGAGGCGCAAGCAGCUGAAGCUCAUGGAGGACAUGGACACGGUGAUCAAGCCCCGUCCUCCCACCGCCAAGCAGAAAAAGCAGCGCCCCAAGUCCAUGCACAGAGACCACAUGGAGCCCCCCAAGACCCCCACCCAGGGCCCUCCAGUCUCUAGCCUCUCCCUGGCGUCACUGACCACGGGCGACAGCGAGAGCGUGCAGUCCGGCAAGAGGACGCCCAGGUCGGAGUCCGUGGAGGGCUUCCUGUCCUCGAGCCGCUGCGGCAGUCGGAACGGAGAGAAGGACUGGGAGAACGCGUCCACCACGUCCUCGGUGGCCUCGGGGACAGAGUACACAGGACCAAAGCUCUACAAGGAGCCCAGCGCCAAGUCCAACAAGCACAUCAUCCAGAACGCGCUGGCGCACUGCUGCCUGGCGGGCAAGGUGAACGAGGGCCAGAAGAAGCGGAUCCUCGAGGAAAUGGAGAAGUCGGAUGCGAACAACUUCCUGAUCCUGUUCCGGGACUCGGGCUGCCAGUUCCGGUCUCUGUACACCUACUGUCCGGAGACGGAGGACAUCGCCAAGCUGACCGGGAUCGGCCCCAAGUCCAUCAGCAAGAAGAUGAUCGAGGGCCUUUACAAGUACAACUCUGACAGGAAGCAGUUCAGCCACAUUCCAGCGAAGACGCUGUCGGCCAGCGUGGACGCCAUCACCAUCCACAGCCACCUGUGGCAGAGCAAGCGGCCCGUGACGCCCAAGAAGCUGCUGCCCACGAAGGCGUAGGGUCGGGGUUCCCUCCGGGACGUUCGUGGGGACCGCCGCCGCCUCCUGCCUGGGGAGCCUCCCUGAUCGCCAGCGCACCCGUGUUCGCUGCACUGGGCGCAGCUGCUGCCGGCGGCUGGCGCUUCACCGGGCGGGGGCGGGUUCUCCUCGCCGGUGGUGCCUGUGGCGACGGACGCCGGGUCAGGUGGAGGGCGUGGCCGACCGGCGCGGGCCAGGGGCACGGAGCCCGCCUCACACUGUUGGACUGAAGGGGAAGACGGCGAGGGUACAGAAUAUGGGUUUAUCUGUUGCUUUUUUAACACUUUCCAUGUAUGUGCUUGUCCUCAUGUUUAUUUUGAUGCCUUUCUCUCCGUGGGGUUUAUUCCGAGGUCCCUGUGUUGUGUCCCGUGGGGAUCACGGAGGGAGGUGGCCGCGCAGGCCGCCCGCCUUCCUGUGAUGCGCGGGGCCCUGGUGUUGGUCUGACGGGACCUCGUGUUUCCUGGUGUCAGAGCGUCGGAGCCGCAGUAAGCGUGCCCGCCUGUGUUUCUCACUCACUAGUAUUAACGUCUCAGCUCGCGGGGGUGUGGGAGCUGCUGGGGUUCGCGGAGCCCCCGGAGCUCAGCCAAGAGCACGUUUCGGGUUAAUCAGUGUUGUCUGCUUCCCGCCCGAGGGCCGGUCGCCUGGGCUGGGGCGGGGGCGGCUCUUUUCCUCAUUUUAUUUAUAACUGACAUCCAAACUAUUAGAACUUACACAUGUACAAAGGGCUACACUUUAAUUUUAAAACAGCUUCCAUGACUUUGCUUACGUUGAGUUUUUCUUCUGUAUCCCAUCCGAGAGGGCGGCUCAGAGCGAGCGCACACGUGCCGUGGGCGGGGCUGUCCCCGGCGGCCUGUGCUGGGCUCCUGGGAGCCUCGUUCUCAGGAAGAUGCGGGCGAUCAUGGGACCCGGGCUUGGUGGGUGCGGCAGCCGUGGGCCUCGGGGAGCCUAGGGGAGCGUCAGUGUGUCAGACAGGAGGGUAGAGGCUCACGGGCACGCGUUUCUCACUGAGUCGUUAGAGUCGCUGGCAUCUCCUGUGAUGCACGUACUUGGAGAGACAGGAGGGACGAUGUCGGACGGGGCUUUCCCGUCGUCCCAGGCCCUUUGGGCAUCCGCGCCUCUGAGUUCCCGACGCUCUCAAUGCUGUCGAUAUCGUCCUGUAAUUUAUGUCCUUAUAUUUAUGUAUAUUUGUUAAAACUGUAAAAAAUUCACAGAUUUUUUCCCAAUAUCUGUGCAAGAUGUAUGUGUAGCUCAAACUACUCGUGACCUGCUGUCUGCAUGUGAGAGGGGCCGUGUGGCUCUCGUGUUGUAAGUGGAUACACGCCGUGUGUAACAUGCGCAUUAAAACGGGGAAACGCACACGUUACCGUUCAGUCUGUCACGUUAGGGGACGGGUAUCAAAUGGCGUUUAGAUUAAGACUGGCUUAAAAAGGAGUAAAUAAACCGAAUUAAGAUGUG